AUGUUACAACGCCCAGAUGCCAGGAAGUGUUGAGUGUUGACCCAGGCUGUGGUGUGGUCCUGCUGAACAGAACAUAUAACAGCAGUUUAUCGCUCUUAUAGUGCAAACCCUGACCUAAACACAGUAGAACAACAUGCUGCCGCACAGGGUCCUGAAGAGAGCAUCAUCUCUGACAUCCAGAGCAUUUUCUGUAGGUCCAGUCUGCCUACAAGGAAAGGCCCCUGAUAUGGCUGAAGGAAACUCACACUUGCUUGUGAACAAUGUACGCAACAGGCUGAGGCAGAUUGUCGGAGCAUCGACUAACUGGAAAGAUCAUCAGCAGGCGAUGGCAGAGAGAGCAUCACUAAGUACAUACCUUGCGAGCAGUCAGAACGAAUUGCCCGCAAAGAGGAUGAAGGACAGUGAGAUUGAGGUGCAUCUUCCUCUGGGCACUCAGCCUUCGCUCAGAGAGAAAUACCUCAACUACCACAACAGUGUCAGGUUUGGUCGGAUUUUGGAGGACCUUGAUAGUUUAGCAGUGCUUAUCUGUUAUUCCCACACAUGGAACAAAGAGCUGCAGAAAUCUCCACUGUCUAUCGUCACAGCACUGGUCGACAAAAUUGACAUGAGAAAGAACAUAAUCUACCCAGACUGUGACAUCAAGUUCACAGGUCAUGUGACAUGGGUUGGCAAGUCCUCAAUUGAAGCCAAGAUGCACAUGACACAGUUCCAUGAUGGGGCAUACAGCCCAGUAUUGGAUGCCACAUUUGUGAUGGUGGCUCGAGAUCCAGAGAACAAAAGGGCUGCAUUCGUAAACCCACUGCAGCUAGAGGGACCAGAAGAGGAGAAGAUUUUUCAGCAAGGAGAAAUUAACAAGAAAAGACGUGUGGAGUUGAGCACAGCCUCUCUACUAAAGGUGGCACCGACUGCGGAAGAGAGGAAUGUCGUCCACAGCCUGUUCCUUAGCACUCUCGACACAAAAACAGUCAGCUUCCGGGGGCGCAUCCUUCCACCCAACUCUGUGUGGAUGGAGGAUGCUAAAUUAAAAGGGCUGGAGAUAUGCCAUCCACAGGAGCGGAACAUCUUCAAUCGUAUAUUUGGUGGCUUUCUGAUGAGGAAGGCCUAUGAGCUGGGUUGGGCCAAUGCCUGUGCAUUUGCUGGCUGUAGACCGAGUCUGGUAGCAGUGGACGAUAUCCUCUUCCAGAAGCCAGUGGAGAUUGGCUCCCUGCUUAUGCUGUCUUCACAGGUGUGUUACACUGAGGGGGAGCACGUCCAGGUCAGAGUACACACUGAGGUACUUGACCCCCUGACCCGACAACACAGCACAACCAACGUCUUCCACUUCACCUUCAGAGUAGAGAAGGCUGUUCCAGCUGUUCUACCACAGAGUUAUGGAGAGUCCAUGCUUUACCUGGAUGGGAAAAGGCACUUUAAUGAGACAAUGAAGGGCCAGUGAAGAUGAUGAGAUCUAACCAUAGAAGAACAUUUCUUCAAAUAAUCGCAAUGCAGUAUCACCUUUUACGCGUUUAUCAUUUUCAUCAUAUGAAAACCUUGCCCUUCUUUUACAGUUUUGAGACAUUUAUAGAAAUUGAAAACUGACACACCCCUUUAAACACGGUUUUGUGGGUUUGAGGGAUGAAUAACAGCCGCUGUAACCUGGUUUAUUAUUGUCAUUCAUGUUUUGAGGAAGAAGAGAGAGGAUGUUGAGUUUUUAAAGGAGGCUUCUGGCAUGUUUGUGUGUAAGGGCACAUUUUUUAUGUUCUCAUUGCAAUAUUCUUAAAAAUAUAAUCUUGUGUUCAAAGAUUUGGAAUCAGUAUUCACAACAUUAAGUUACUAGAGGAAUUAAUAUCUGCUACAACUGUUAAAUAUGUUUAUACUGUUAAGCAGCACUGUGUAAAUGAAAGAAAAUGGACAACCUGAAAGGUAGAGAUAUGAACAACAAUUCUGGUAUCAGAGCAGAGAAUAAAUGGUUAACCUUGAACAAAAAUUUUCAAACUGACAUUUCAUACUGUAUUUAUAAAACCAGAGAAGCUGGAUAUUUAAGUGAUGUCGAACAACUACAAUAAUAUCCUUUUUAAAAUUAAUUUUACUGCAUUUUUAACUGAAAUUAUAAUUUUCCAAAUCUCAAAGCAAAACAUGAAUAAAUAAUUACAGUAUAUUAUUUUGCAUUCAUUUCUUGAUUACAUGAUGAUCUAGUGAAAUUUCGAGUGUACUAUUAUUAUAACAGCAAAAGUAAUGUCACUACAAAACUUUGAAUGCUAAUGUUAAUUUAUUUUAUAAAUGUCUGACAUAUUUCUGGAAUAUGAGUUUGAAAUUAUUAUAAAGUUUAGUCUUCCUAAAGUAUAUAUGUAGAGUUGUAGUUACUUAGAGUUUUGCUCUUUCGGGCACUAAAAAAGGUAAAAAACUGUUUAGAGAUUGCUUUUUUUUUUUCUUCUUUUUUUGUCAGUAGAUUUGCUGCAGUACAGUAGCUGUACUAUUUACUCCAUCCAUCCAAAGGCCUUUAGACUCUCUUUUUUGAUAGGUUCGUUAUUAAAAUAUUUCAAAAUAUUCAUAAUGUAAUAUAGUGUCACUGUCGCACAAAAACCUUGUAUAUUAUUAUUUUGACAGCUUGAAUCUGGCACUUGUACUUUAGAUUGUGUCAAAAUGUUAUAAUUACAGGACCAGUUAAAAGGAUCUAAAAUUAUCAAAACUACAUUUAAAAGUUAAUGUUUUUUUUUCAUUUCUUGUUUAGUAGAUGCCAUUGUAUAGGGAUGCAUGUUUUUUUUGCAUGACAACGAUAUGUAUCUUUCUAUUAAGUAAUUAUGUUGCAAUUUCUGACACACACACUUUAUAUUUAUGAUGAUAUGAUGAUGAGAGAGUUAUGCCAAAUGUUUCAUGCCUGAACAUAGUAAAUGCAUUUUGUUAAAUAUUUAUCCAUCUUGACAAAUUGUUUUUUACUGUCAACAGCUUUUUAUUAAAGUAUAAUCAAGAGAUA